AUGGCACCAGUUCAAUUAUCAAAUGGGGUCUUAAGGAAAAUAUUUUCAAAAGAUACCUAUGAACAAGUACCGGGUCCAAUCACAUUACAAAUAACUAAUAUGAAAGCAUUAAAUGUUAAUGAUGAAUCGAAAAAAUAUAGAGUUAUAGUAAGUGAUGGCGUUUAUUCAUGUCAUGGAAUAAUUGAUGAAACAUGUACUCAAUAUUUAGAAAAUAACAAUUGUACUAGAUACAGUUACAUUCAAGUUAAUGACUUUCGUGCCACCGUACAUAUAAAAUAUUUUUUAGUAGUUAAAGAACUUGAAGUAGUUUCAACUUAUGGCGAAAAACCAACAAAUACAUUAAUUGCAGUUGAUACUUAUUUUACAAAUCAUCCCGAAGAAGCUUAUGAACUUGUACAACCUAGAGAAGGAAGGGAAGAAAGUGAACCUCCAGUUGCACCUACUCAUGCUUCAACUCCACCUGUUGCUCAAUCUACUGCUCAACCUGCUAUUCGUAACCCUUUCAAUUCCGACUCUACUACCACCACCAAACAAGCCGGAGAACCAGCAAUUAGAGUUUCGCCUAUUGAAACAUUAUCACCAUAUCAAAAUAAUUGGACUAUUAAAGCAAGAAUUUCAUAUAAGGGGGAUUUAAGAUCAUGGUCUAAUGCUAAAGGGGAAGGUAAAGUUUUAAGUGUUAAUUUUUUGGAUGAAUCUGAUGAAAUUAAAGCAUCUGCAUUUAAUGACGUUGCAGAAAAAGUUCAUAAUCUUGUUGAAGAAGGGAAAGUUUAUUAUAUAUCGAAAGCAAAAGUUUCUGCUGCAAGAAAAAAAUUUAAUAAUUUAACUCAUCCAUAUGAAUUACAAUUAGAUAAAGAUACUACUAUAAAUGAAUGUUUUGAUGAAUCAGAUGUACCUAAAUUAAAUUUUAAUUUUGUUAAAUUAGAUCAAAUUCAAAAUUUAGAACCAAAUGCAAUAAUUGAUGUUUUAGGUGCAUUAAAAUUGGUUAAAGAACCAUUUCAAAUUACUGCCAAAUCUACAGGAAGAGCUUUUGAAAGAAGAGAUAUUACUAUUGUUGAUGAAACAGGAUUUGCAAUUGAUGUUGGUCUUUGGAAUAAUACAGCAGUUGAUUUUAAUAUUGAAGAAGGUACUGUUAUUGCUUUUAAAGCUUGUAAAGUCACCGAUUUCAAUGGUAGAACAUUGGGUUUAACUCAAUCAGGUUCAUUAAUACCCAACCCAGGAACUCCUGAAAGUUAUCAAUUAAAAGGAUGGUAUGAUAGUAAAGGUGUUAACGAAAACUAUAAAUCAUUAAAAGCUGAAACAACUAGUGCUAAAGGAUUAGACUUGGCAGCUCGUAAAACAAUUGCUGAAGCCAAUGAAGAAUGUAGUCAAUUGGAAGAUAAACCGGCUUUCUUCACAAUAAAAGGGACUUUCUCAUAUGCUAAACCCGAAAAUUUUGCUUAUCCAGCUUGUACGAAUCAAGUAGCAGGUACUGACUCAAGUAGACCACCUUUAAAUUGUAACAAAAAAUUAGUUGAUAUGGGUGAUGGCAGAUAUAGAUGUGAAAAAUGUGAUAUUGAAUAUGAUGAACCAACUUGGCGUUAUAUUUUAUAUAUUUCAGUUAUUGAUCAAACUGAUCAAAUGUGGCUUACAUUAUUUGAUGAACAUGCUCAAAAAUUAUUAGGUCUUGAUGCAAAUGAAUUAAUGAAAUAUAAAAAUGAAGAUUCAGUAAAAGUUGCUCAAAUUAUAGGAAGAGCUUAUUGUAAAGAGUAUAAUUUUAGAGUUAAAGCAAGACAAGAAUCAUACAAUGAUACUUUAAAAACUCGUUUUCAAUGCAAUGGUUUAAGUGAAUUAGAUUUUAAUGCUGAGUGUGAUUUCUUAUGUAAUAAAUUGAGCAGUAUUUGA